AUGGGUGGACAGUCUAAGAAGCAUGGUAAAGGUGGUGGUGGUGGUGGUGGUCAUGGUCGAAACUGCCACCCACAGCAAAGAAAGAAGUUGACAAAAGACCCUGGCGUACCUGAUUUAAAGAAAGUAGCUCAGAAUUUGACGCGCACGGCGCGGAAUCGUAAUCGUAGUCUUUUCAGCAUUCCUGCACUUCGUGGCUCAAACAAGAUUGCUGCCGCAUCCGGUGAGAAGGAGCCCCAGGAGCAAGGAAAUGAAGAGGCGCGUGUCGCAGCGGAGCGACGGGCCAUGACUUUGCUUGCGGUGCAAUGUGCUGAAAAGGUACACCACUAUGAGGUUCCUCAGCAGUGGAUAGGCGAAUCAGAGAACAUAAACGAUAUGGAUGACGACGUCGAGAGGCGUGGCGUGGAUAGGUCACUACGCCGCUUUUAUAAGGAGUUCCAGAAGGUUGUGGAAAACAGUGAUGUCCUUCUACAGGUGGUAGAUGCACGUGACCCUCUGGGCUGCCGUCUAAACCAACUUGAGCGCACCAUUCGCUCUCAGUUCGGAGAAGACAAAAAGAAAAUGGUUAUGGUGCUCAAUAAGGCAGAUCUUCUACCAUCAAAGGAGACUGUUGACGCCUGGGUCCAUUUCUUCGAGGAACAUGAGGGGAUCAUGUGCAUACCCUUUGCCGCAACGGCGAAAGGGGCUAGUGGGCACACAUAUGUGGCGAACAUGUUCCGCCGCCUUCGUGCACUAGCUACCAGUGAAGAAACCGGAGCUCGCAAGGCCAUUGUGGUGGGAGUUAUUGGAUACCCCAAUGUCGGAAAGAGCUCAGUGAUCAAUGCCUUGAAGCGCAAACAUGUGGUUGGUGUGGGCAACAUGCCGGGAUUUACCACUGGUAAUACGGAGGUGGAGCUGCGCUCGGAUAUUCGUGUAAUGGACUGUCCAGGUGUGGUUGCACCUGGUGAAGACUGCGGUGAUGUCGUGCUGCGCAAUGCGGUGAAAGUGAGUGAUUUGGCCGAUCCCUUCACCCCAGUCCAGCGGUUAUUGCAACGCUGCGCGCAGGUUACCCUCGAUCCCAGUCAACAGCAGCACUCACAAUAUCUCUCGGCAGGCGUACAUCCUUUGGGAUUGUUCUACAGCAUUGGCUCAUUCGAUCCUAGUGAUGUGAUGUCUUUCAUCCGUCUUGUCGGGCAACGACGUGGUCGGUUGCUGCAAGGUGGCGUUGUAGACGAGGAGGGAACGGCGCGCAUGAUACUGCACGACUGGAACGAUGGGCGAAUUGCAUACUACACACUACCUCCAACAUCUGAUUUGUUUGGCCGCACAACAUUAACGGCCGACCCUGGAGAAGGGCUAACAGGAUGUGAAGAGUAUGGUGAGAGCGGUCCGCAACUAGUGGAUGGAUUUGCACAGGGUUUGCAGUGGGAGGGGCUACCAACUUUCCAUCUUUCGUGGAGUAAGAUGAAAAGUGGUGUGCAGUAA